AUGGCUGUCAGCAGAACGUAAACAUAAAAACUACCAAGGCAAAACACAUUUCGCUUCUCCGGAAGCCUUGGCAGAAAGUUAAUUCGCAAAACUAAAAUGAAUAUUUUAAAACACAUUCUUCCGAUUUCACAGCAGCUUUCCAAAUGCCUCGCAACAGUCAACACACAGCAAGUGUUUGCCACACUGCAAAGGCACGCAGCACCAUCAUCAGUGCGGGCGAUUUCCACCACCGCACCCCGGCACGAUUUGAUGCAGUUUUUCGACGAUAAAAAGAACUGGGGCGAGCAGGAGGUAAAGCACGGGCGCGGCUGGACGAAGGACGAUCUGCGCAUCAAGUCGAACAGUGACCUGCACCAGCUGUGGUUCGUGCUGCUGAAGGAACGCAACAUGCUGCUAACGAUGGAGCACGAGUGCAAGGAGAAGAUGGAGCUGUUCCCCAGCCCGGAGCGCUUAGAUAAGGUAAAGGAAUCGAUGGAAAAUCUGGAAGAAGUGGUGCGCGAGCGAAACCGUGCCUACUACGAGCUGGAAACGGGCGAGACGGGCGAACGGCCCGGUAAGGUUGUGCCCAACGAGCUCGGCAUACGGUUCUACUACCGUGCGUUCGAGCACGUGAUACCGAAGUACGCCAACCGCAAGUGGAACGAGCGGCACAAGUUCACGUUCGGCGGCUCGGCCGUGUGGAAGUUUUUGCGCCUGUACCGCGAGCGACUGUACAACGAGAAGCGCAAGCUGCGCAACCGGGAGCGCAACGAGGUGGUCCAUCUGUUGCGCCGGUUUCCGAACAUCGAUCGGGAAACGCUGGCCCAACGCUUCCCCACCGUGGACGUGGAGAAGCUGUACAAGCUGGAUAAAAUUCGCAUGAACCAUUCGGUGAAGAGUGGCAGCAGCAGCAGCAGCACGUAAUAGAUUAAACAGCUCCCUCUGGUCAGUGGCCGCGCCAUGGGUGAAUAAAGCGAUCAUGCAGUCCCCUUCGAUCGUA